AUGGAGACCCCCGGCCCCGGCAACCCUGCCCUCACCACGACUCUCAAGUACGCGCCCCCCAAGGCCCGCGAGUCCAUCACCUGCCCCACCUUCAUAGACCCCCGGCAGCUGCUGCCGCGGCCGGGGACGGCCUACAUCCGCUACUCAGGCUCCCUCACCACCCCCGGCUGCAACGAGGGCGUUGAGUGGUAUGUGAUGCUGGAGACUGUCCCGGUGACGCCGGAGCAGGUCCUGGCGUUUGGGCAGUAUGUCAGCGGCGGCAAGUCGCUCGCGCAGAACUCGCGGCCGGUGCAGCCCCUCAACGGGCGCGCCUUUGACCUGCAGUACGACUGCGCGUGA